AGUCUUGACACAUCUAAUCAUUUUCACUCAGUCAAACAUCAGAGGCAGCCCAUCGUCGAGGCGCCAGAAUCAAACAAACAGUAACGAGGACGAAUUUAUGUACCAAAGGUUGUAAAUUGAGUUUAAGAAAGCGCAAAGGAAAGUUGAAAACACCCCUGUGCAAGUUUAUGAGAUCUGUCCUUCACUCUCCACCAUGAAGACCUCCAAACCAGCAGAGCAGACCUCUGCUCAAGAGGAAUGUGGUGUUUGGCUGGACACUGUGCAACUGAAAGGAAAAGCUAAACAGAAACGACUUGCCCGUCCUAUUUCUAAACUGCUGAAUCCCUUCGCUGGAGGCAGAGCAUACAAUUUGGCUGUGGCUCUCAACUUUACUCAGACCAAAAUGGAGAUGCCAAAGACCAAACAGAGCUCUAUAUCAACCUUCUUCGCACCUCAGCGCAGAGUUCUCAAUAAGAUGUCUACUUCUGAAAUACCAAACAUGGAUCCAGUGCGGCCUUCUUCACCAUCUACCUCGUCCACACGGGCCUUAACUGCACCCACCCCUGUAGUAUCAGGGACAAAACGAAGGCGUGAAAUAGAUAGAGACUUCUAUAGCUGUGAGCCUUGUGUGGAUCAUGCGUGGAAAAGUGAAAAUGUGACUGAGCCUGAGGCAGCAGAAUGGCAGGAACCGGCUGCAAGCCAUACACCUUCUCAAAACGUGUGCUAUGAGUUUGAAGAAGAGCAGUUUGAGGAGAUAAACCCACCGCAGAGUAAGAGGAGGCUCACUGCAGCCUCCUUAUUGCCAGGUGACAGUCAACCUCUUCCACAGGCGUGGAGUCAGGACCCGCUGCUUACCUGUAGCCAAUAUUCUGAAGGUGAAUCUUACCCAACUAACCAGAAAAACAUCACAGCAAAGAACUUUAGUGACUCUAAGCAGAGUUUCCUUAACAGCCUACAAAGUGAGGAAGCCUUUGGUAUCCAGAUUGAUGUGGAAGGGAGGACCUCGACUCAAAACCACUUUCAUUCUUCUCAGGUGGAUGAUGAGAAAGAAAACUGCAGGUUUUUGUCCCCACGAAAGCACUCACCUCUCACUCAUAUUGAGCCUCCUUCAAAUCAUAAAUGGACAGAAGCAAUAACUGCAUCACCUCGAAAAUGUAUUCCAGAGCAGCUGUGGAAAAGAGCUGAUAAAAAGGUGAGCCUUGAGUCACCGUUCAAAUGGAAAAUACCAAGCAGCUCUCCUCCAAAAAAACUAGCAGCGCAGCUCUCCUGCAGAGAGGUUGAUGAGGACAGUCUGGCCAUGUUGUUCACCCAGGACUCUGAGGGUUUCAGGGUAAUAGCACACAGAGGUCUGCAAGCCAGGAGCCCUCUCAAAGAUCAGAGUAACAUCAGCUCUGGGACGGUGAGAAAGAGCACUUACAAAUCUCUGAUGGAGCAGGAGGAGGAAGACGAGAUGCUCUUUACUCAAGACUCUCAGGGAAAUAUGGUGAUCAAACACUGAAAGGAGCCUUUGAAAUGUCAUAUAGUCUGGAUGUAGAUAAUUGAUCUCUACUUUAAAAAAUAUUUGUUUUUCUGUGCUACUAGAGCUUGAAAUUAGUUGUUAUAAACUGAGAUAUCUUGUUUGUUUGCAUAAUGACCUGACUGAUUUACUUUUAGCAACUUUAAAAUUAUUGAUAUAUUUUCUGUGACUGUCUUACCUUUCUUUACCUGUAAAUCUUUAGUAUUUUCCCGGAUGUCUCAGUCUACUUACAGUUUUCCAUAUUGGAGUUUGCUUGUGUUUGUGAUACCAGGUAUUAUUUUCUUGUUUUUGGUCUCUGCGAUGCUGAAAUAUCUUGCAAGGUGCAGCUUUAUUUUGCAGUAACACUAACAAGCAAGAACUGAGUUUAGAUUUUAUUUGAAAAAUGGUACACAGUUACAUCAAUUUGUCUUCAUGUAAAUUAAAAGUUUUAAAAAGUG